AUGGAUCCGAACGUAUUUCUGAAUCCUAACUUAACAGGUUUUGACUUUGCUAUGAAAAAUAUCCCACUUAUUCCAUAUUGCCCAGAUUUACUUCAAAAAAUCUCCAGAGCACGAUUUGUUAAUUGUGGACUCCUUAGUAUACCUCCAGGACUCGAAUGCUACAAGUGUAUUUCAAUUAUCGACUUAACGGAAAAUUUAUUACAAGAAUUAGAUAAAGAUUCGUUCAAACCUUUCGAAAACUUACAAUCUCUCACCCUUACGGCUAACAAUUUCUCUGAAUUUAAGUUAAACUUACCGCCAAUGUUAAUUACGUUAGAUUUAAGUUUUAAUCCAAAUCUAAACAUCAACGAUAUCUGGGAACUCGAUGUUCCGAACCUUGAAGUCAUAAAACUCUCACAUUGUGGCAUCAAAGCCCUUCCAGAAGCGCGACCAUCGUGGCUUCAAACAGUGAGAACGAUUCACCUUGACGGUAACUUCCUUACAGACCUUGCUCCAUAUUUCGAUGAGUUUGAGAACUUGACUGAGCUCUCACUUUUCGGAAAUUGCAUCAAAAAUCUCGAUACUUCGUUACUUCCUCAACAAUUCAAAUUGCUUAACCUUUAUUUCAAUUACAUUGAGGAUUGGGAUGGCGAAGAACCUCUUAAUACUGUUACGCUUAACUUAAAUACGAAUCCAUUUAAAUCUUUUCCUUUGAAGCUUCUUGAAACAGUCGGACUCCGUGCAUUAACUUUGUCUCACUGCGACAUUGACGGCGAACUCGAUUUUGAGUUCCCAGAAGCUUUGGCAGCCUUAGAUAUUUCGUUUAACAAUAUUACAUCACUUGGAGCUACAUUCAUAUCAUCCAUGCACAGAUUAACAGCAUUGAAUGCCUCCAACAACCAAAUUUCGCAAAUUUCAGAUUCAUUUCCUCAGAGACUUGCUUUAUCUCGUCUUGUACUUGACCACAACCAGAUAUCGACGCUUCCUGAGUCAUUUAAGAACCUCACAAACCUCGACCAACUCUCCAUGGUCCAUAAUCUCCUUCACGAAAUUCCUCCGAUUUCAUGUUCUCAUUUACGCAUCUUCAACGUGUCGUUUAACCAGUUGGAAGAGCUUCCAGACUGCUUCUCCAACUGGUCCUUCCUUUCCGAUUUCAACGUUUCCUUCAAUCGACUUUCAACUUUACCGAGAUCUCUUUCCGCCUGCAGAAAAAUCAUCGAAUUUAAUAUUUCUGGAAACAAGUUCAAAGUUUUCCCACGUUGCCUCUUCUCAUAUUCGCAAUUACGAACACUUAUCGCUUCCAACAACGAAUUGUCGACUUUACCGCAAUCGCUUGGCUCAUUCUUCUUCCUUACUACAUUUGAUGGCUCGAACAACCAUUUCUCGACCGUUCCGUCCUAUUUUGGCCAAUUAUCUACACUUCGUAUUUUAUCCUUUAGCCACAACUGCAUUUCAUCUUUACCAGCUGAUUUCCAGUUACCUCCAGUUAACGUUGUCGAUUUUUCCUACAACAACAUCUCUUCAUUUGAUUAUCAGUGUCCUACAGCCCAAUCUGUUAAUCUUGAUUGCAACAAACUUACUAAUUUCAAUCCAGCGAAUUUCCCUGCUGUCAGAUUCAUUUCCAUCAACAACAAUCCCCUUUCUUGUACAUUUCCUUCAUUAUUAAUCCCGUUGUUCUCCAUAACUACUCUUACAGCCUUCGAAAUGCUCAGUAGCGCAUCCCUGCCCUCCGAAAUCCCUCCAGUUCGCUUCCACCUCGUUACAGAUCACCACAUCUCAAAUUCCCAGCGAUUCGGAAUCGGCUACAGUGCAACAAUGGGCGUAAGACCGAACAUGGAAGACGUGAUCACCUUCCAAACUUAUCCAAACGAUCAGCAUUUGUUUGGAUUAUUUGAUGGCCACCAAGGAAACGUUGCUGCAGCCACUUCCGCUAUCUGUCUCCACAACGAACUUCUCCAGAAUGCAGUAAACGCUCCAGAUGACCAACUCCCCGCUGCAAUCACCAAUUGUUACACAGCAGUCAACCAGAAACUGAAAAUGAUUGGAACAAGAGAUGGUUGCACAGCCAUAUCCGCAUUCAUCAGGAAGAACAAGUGCUACACAGUCGGUAUCGGUGACUCUCGAAUUGUUUUGGUCAAGAAAAACAGUUCGAAACGGUUAACUGUUGAUUACAAACCGACUAUGCGUUCUGAAUACGAAAGAUUGCGUAAAUGCGGUCUUACAGUCAAUUCCGAAGGCAGGAUUGGCCGUAAACUUGCUGUAGCACGCACAUUAGGCGAUUUCUGGUGUGAAGGACCAGGACUUUAUGUUCCUCCCGAUGUUUCAUCGUUUGAAAUCAACGAAGAAGAAGAUUUAGCGUUGAUUAUUGCAUGUGAUGGUGUUUGGGAUGUGAUACAAGAUGACGAUGCUGCUGAGAUUGUCAGGAACUCAGAGAACGCGCAAGAUGCAGCAACGACAUUGAGAAAUGUCGCAUUUGCUUUGGGUUCGAAAGAUAAUAUCUCAGCAAUGAUUGUUUUCUUUGAUUCGAAAGAAAAAGGUCUUCAAUACACAAACAAUGUCAAAGAAUUGCCUCCUGUGAAAGAAGAAAUAGAUAAUGAUGAUACAUUAGAUAUUGGUGCUCCUGUUGCUCAACUUCCUCAAAGAAGAAGAAGACGCUAA